AUUUUUUUUUAUUUUUUUCGUUACAUACAGACAGAAAUUAACAUAAUUACAACUUCGAUAAAUUUUUAAAACGUGACUACAGUAAAUUAAAAUAUAAAAUUAUCUGUGAUACGAAUUUAACCUAAUUUAAUUGUCAAAAGUACUUAAUACACAUAGAAGUUUGUAAAGUUUUUAAAAAUUUAUUUUCGAAAUGAGUUUAUUAGAAAAAGAAUGGUACAUACAGGUUCCUUGGGGCCGGAUGUGCGUGGUGGCUUGGGGCGAUUGCUGCAAUCCCCCGGUUCUGCUCUGCCAUGGCCUAGCAGACUCCGCGACCAGCUUCCGCCCUCUAAUCAAAUUGAUGCCCGAGAAAUUUUAUUUUAUAGGCAUAGACCUCCCGGGCUGCGGCAAGUCGGACCGGUUCCCGCCGGGCCUGAUGAUCAACAUAUACGAUCUGGUUUACGCAGUGAACGCGGUCGCGAAGCAUUUUCGUUGGGACGCUUUUAAUCUGGUCGGCCAUUCGCUCGGCGCCAUCAUCGGUAAAUUAUAUAAUCUCGUCUACCCCGGAAAGCUGACGAAACUCAUCGAAAUAGAUCCAAUUAAUUUCUACGCUGUUCCGCCGGAGAAAUUUCCUAAAUGGUACAAGAGACAUUUUGUAGAUUAUUAUGAGCAAUAUGAUAAAUUGAACGCUCCUAAAGGCAAAGGAAAGGUGACGACAGUUAAGGAGGCAAUAGCGGUUCUAAGAAAAGAACGAGGCUUCUCCGAAGAUUUGGCAGUGGAAGCCUUGAAGCGAUCAGCUGAACCCGCCGGUGAUGGACUCCUUAGAUACACAGACGACAUGCGUCUCAAAUACGUGACUACGCCCGCAUUCUCGGCGGAGCACAUGAAGACCUUAUUCGGCUCCACCGAUACACAGACGUUGAUAAUAAAAGCGGAGAACUCAUACAAGAACGGCCUAUAUCGGAACACCGGCUUCCUCUUGGACGAGAAGACGUAUCCUUCGAGGAACGUCAGGGUCCGGAGCGUUCCGGGCGAUCACAACGUCCACGUGACUUGGCCUAGGAAUGUAGCCUUCUACAUGGCCCUGUAUCUGUUGUACGGAGCCGAAGGACUAAGCAGCAAAGCAAAAUUGUGAUGUUGAGCUCGCAUUGUGUUUUGUUGAUAUAAUGGUACCCAGUCGUAGUGGAGAUUUCGGUUUUAAUUCGACGAGUCAAUCUUUGGGAAUGGACAAGGGGUAUAAGCUUGGCUCUUCGCAUUCGCAUGUACCGAUUUUCGAUUGUGCAAUUAUAGAGUUUGGAGGGUAUUUAAUAAUAAUUAUUAUUAGGUUACGGGUCUAAUGCAGAAGGCAAUUAUCCUCGAUACUGCGCGUAUUGUAAGGAAGUUUUACACUCUGGAGUCCUAACCACUGGUGGCUUGUAUCGUAGACACCGCCAUCAGCGGCAA